AUUAGCAAUAGCAAAUAACGAAGAAUCGUCACCAUCGUUCGAGUAGUGAAAAUAAAAUAAGAAAGAUAUGAAACAGAUAGUUGCAAACGUUUAAUUUUCGCACUGUUUGUUUAUUUUAGUGGUUGUUUACGUUUAAUGUUUACAAAGUUAGUCGUGUGGCCUUCGAUGUGAACAAAAUCGAUGAAAUUGUGGAUACAGUAAUUCAGACAAUAUGUGCAGUGGUGAUUACGAUUGACAUCUGUCGUGAAACAAAAGGAAAACGAACUUGAAAAGCUCCGUAAGCAUAUUAAGGAUGAGUUCAACAGACACAAUAAAUGUAACAGCACAGCCUAUCUCGAACAAUACACACGAGAUGUUGACUUCUGUAUUCCUGGAGACUCGCUCUGCGCAGGUUAUCGCCGGCAUAUUUGUAUGGGCGGCGUUAUUCAUAACUUGCCAACAGAUUUAUCAGCACUUGCGCUGGUAUACGAACCCGUCAGAGCAGCGUUGGAUAGUACGCAUAUUGUUUAUCGUACCUAUCUACGGCUGCUACAGUUGGAUCUCGCUUCUCUUCUUUAAUGGCAAUUCGUAUUAUGUUUACUUUUUCACGGUUAGAGAUUGCUAUGAAGCGUUCGUGAUCUACAGCUUCCUGUCCCUGUGCUACGAGUACCUGGGCGGGGAGGGCAACAUCAUGUCGGAGCUGCGCGGGCGGCCCGUGCGCGCGUCGUGCGUCAACGGCACGUGCUGCCUGUCGGGCGCCACCUACACCAUCGGCUUCCUGAGGUUCUGCAAGCAGGCCACGCUGCAGUUCUGUCUCAUUAAGCCUGUCUGCGCUUUCAUUAUUAUAUUCUUACAGGCUGCCGGACAUUACCACGACGGUGAUUGGAGCCCGGACGGCGGUUACCUCUACAUAACAAUAGUUUACAACUUCUCUGUGAGUCUGGCGCUGUACGGACUCUUCUUGUUCCUGGGAGCCACUCGUGAAAUGCUAAAGCCAUUCGACCCUGUGCUCAAGUUUUUCACUGUAAAAUCGGUUAUCUUCUUAUCAUUCUGGCAAGGUGUAGGUCUGGCUAUCCUCGAGAAGGCAGAUGUCAUAUCGCCGAUCAUAGACUCGAACGGCGUGCCGACUACCGCCGGUACUGUGUCCGCCGGCUACCAGAACUUCCUCAUCUGUAUCGAGAUGUUGGCCGCCGCCAUUGCUCUCCGCUACGCGUUCCCGGCAGCCGUGUACGCGCACGCGCACCGCGACCCGCACCGCUCAGUCACCAUGCAGUCCAUCUCUAGCAGCCUCAAGGAGACAAUGAACCCUAAAGACAUAAUGACGGAUGCGUUCCACAACUUCCACCCACAAUACCAGCAGUAUACGCAGUACAGCUCUGGAAACGCCACUGAACAAGUGAUGCGUGGCGCUGGGAUUGGCAAUCGUGGCUCAGAGGAAGGAGCAGCUUUGGCGCCACGACCGCCGCCGCAACGAGUGGCAACCAUCAGUCAUGCUACCAACUAUCACGAAAAAACAACUCUACUCAGCUCUGACGACGAAUUCCAGUGAAAUAACAGCAGUGUUAACGUUAACAACAUUUGAUGUCAAAAUAAUUUUGGCGUGUUAAAUGUUUUAAAUCUGAAUGCUCACUGUUUAAAAAAAAUGAAUAAUAAAUAGUGGUAUACAACUGGAUCCCUUUCGAUUUCAACUUACCUAAAAAAACUUUAUAUCAUUGUUUUUUUAUGAAUAGUUAUUUUGACCAAUGUUUGGUCAUUUUCACUGAACGUUCCUAUUAUAAUUCAAAAUCAGGACAAAUUCCGUAACCCGACUUUAAAAUUAAGAUAAAUUCCGAUCUUCCAAAAUUUAUGAACGACGAUGAUGUCGGCGUGAUUCGCUACUUAAACUUGUAAGUUGUAAUACAGAGUGUGAAUAUAAAUAAUCGAUUGUCUUUUGGAUUCAUAAACGACGACUAUGGCGCGCUAAUGUUCUAUUGUAUAGUAAAUUUUAAGGAAGCUCGUAGUUUUAUUACACAUAACAUCGGUGUACAGAUAUUCUAAUCAAGAAAAUUAAAAAUAUAUUAAUAUUAUUUCACUUUUAUAUCUUGCACUGGAUCAUUAAAAUAGAUUUAUAAUAUAGUUUGAUAGCGUAUUUACAAUGAAAAAAAAAAUGUAUUUAAAUGUAAAAUAGAAUUAAAUAAAAAAAGAUUACCUUUUUAAAACAGAUACUGUCAGCAAAAUCUUUUAAAUAUAUUAUAUGUUUUUUGUUUGUUUGUAGAAUAACAAAAAAUAUGAUUCUUUAAUUAAUUUUAUUUAUGUUUUAAAUUAAUAAGAAAAACAGCUUAAAAUUAAUAUAGUACACAUAUAAAAAUAGCCACUGCCCACCCUUGGUACUUUGUACAGAUUAGAAUUCUAGUCACAAUAAAAUAUUAAAUAUCGUGCUUAUAAAAACAACAUCUCGAAUUUACACAAAUAAUUAUCUGACUCAUCGAAUGAAAAAUAAAACAUGUAUAAUCUUAGAUUUGUCAUAAAUUUAUAGGACCAUUCCUGCACUUAACUUUUCUAGAUAGCUAAUGUAUAAUAUUUGUCUCAAUCUGAGACUUGCUUUAAUUACAAAACUGCAUUGCUUCGCCGUCCAAUUGAAAUUUCUAUGCACUUCCAUAUUCUUAAAUAGAUAAUAUCUAAAUACAAAUAUACCACGUAGACGUUGCUUUCUUUUCAUUCUAAGCCAAAAUUUAUACGAAAACCGUAUAAAUGAACACCGUGAUAGUUUUUUUUAAAUUAUGUAAUGUUUCAUUGGCUAAGAUUGAAAUACGAUAUGUUAUCGAAUAGAAGGAACUGAAAGUGCAUGAAAUGUUAGACAAGAACGCAAUAAAAAAAAAGAUUAAUGCAACUACACUGGGGGCGCAAGAAUAAUUGUAUAUUGUUUUUGUGAAAUUAUCAAAUAGUUAUAAACAUGGCUAUUAUUUUUGGUGGUUGAUGUUACAAAAUCAGUGUGUUCGGUUAAAAUUAUAAAAAUCGUUUAUUUUCCGAUAAAAUAUUAAAUUCUAAGUUCAAAAUAAUAAUUAUCUAUGAAUAAUUUUGAUGUACCCAGAAAAUAUAUUUAUUACAAAUGUAAUUUAAAUAAGUGUCUAAUGUACCUAUGUAUAUUCUAUAUUAAGAAUGUUUUAUGACAAAAUACAUAAACGUAUAUGUAAAUAAUCUUUAAUUUGUUAUUUAUAAAGGUUAUGUUUAUUUUGCGUUAUAAAUUAACGUAAAAACUGAACGUAGUGUUUUAUAAUAUAGGUACCUACUUAUAUUGCAUUAUAUAAUUGUCAAUUAACGUUUUCCCUAUAAAGCAACACCAUAAGGGGCUUAUGCGACAAUUAAUAUGAUUUCUUAAUUAAAUAGCCCAAUAUCUGUAGACUUUUAAAAUUUAUUUCUUCAUUAUCAAAUAUAAAGGAAAUUAUUUUUGUAACAAAAAUAGAGAAAGAGACAUAGACCAGAACCAUUGUUGAAAAGAGGAUAUAAACAAAUUAAUGUUAGAUAUAUAUUAAUUGAAAUGUUUUAGCUCCAAGUUUUUAAGAUUAUAAAUACCUAAUAACAUUGAAAUU